AGAGACAGCUUCAAUAAGCGGAACGAGUUUAUUCUUCUUCUUCUUCGUCUUCCUUCUUCGGAGAUCGAAAACAGAGGAAAGGCCCCCGAGCUAUAACCGAUCGUGAUCGGCGAGAGCGAACCGAUGAAGCGAUCCGCCACGCUCUCCCUCUCCUCCUCCUCCCCCGCCGCCGCCGCCGCCGCCGCCGCCGCCAGGAACGUCUCUCGCCCGUCGCCAGCUUUGCCCCCCUUCCGCUCCCCCGUCCGACCCAGAUCGGGGGCCUUGGCUUUCCCGAGAAAAUCGCCGUUCCCGGGAAAGUCUAUCGGCCUCGGGAAGAUGAGCUUCACCGCCGUUGCCUCGUCCGCGCCGGGGGCCGGACCCGAUCGAUCCCCUUCUCAGGGAGCUGAAUCGUUUUUCAGGAAAGUCCUGGAGAACAUGGAAUGCGUGUACUUGAACAGGAACCCCACCGCCAAGGCCAUCCUGGAGCUCGUUCGGACGGCCGACGAAGAUCAAAUAUGUUAUGAUCAUCUCGCGUUUAGGACUUUCGGGGUAAAUGGUUACGGGAUCGACUCUAUGGCGGACUUUUUCCUGGAUUAUGGUUACACACAGCGAGAGGAGCUGAGGUUUCCUGCAAAGAAGUUGAGGGCCUUGUGGUUUUCACCUCCGAGAAACUCCCUUUCAGAGGGUGGGACCCGUGCGAAUGGCCCUUUACCCAGAAUUUUUAUAUCUGAACUUCUCGUCGACGAGAUGACUCCACAAGCACAGGAAAUAAUUAGAAAAUACGUUGGGAUCUCUGGCAAUGGUAAUAAGCAUGCUGCUCUGGCAAGCGCAUUGGGAGCUUUGACAUGGGAGAAGCCUCUGUACUCUGAAUUUCAACAAUUAGCUAGGGAAAGCGAGUAUGCUGCCUGGACCCUUGUCAAUGGUUAUGCGGUGAACCAUGUCACUAUUUCGACUCAUCGGCUAAAAUCACACCUGAGGAAUAUCAAAAACCUAAACGAAUACAUCGAAAAGAAUGGAUUCAGCUUGAAUUCAGAAGGAGGCAUCUUGAAAGUUAGCCCUGACGGUCUUCUGCUCCAAAGCUCAACGGUGGCAGAUUCAAUUCUUUUCCAGUUCUCAGAGGGGAUCAAAGAAUCAGUUCCCUGUUCAUAUAUUGAGUUUGCCGAACGCCUUGUACUGCCUCAGUUUCAGAGUCUACCGGAGAAAGAGGUCAAAGAGUUCCACAGACGAGAUGGUUUCGAGGUCGGGAAUGCCGACAAGAUCUUUGAGAGCACGUCGAAAGAGCAGCUCACUAGGAGAGCUGCAUAAGCAUGGAGAUCAAUGACAGAACAAUGAACACCGAAUGAAGGGUUUGGACAUCAGCAUGUUAUGGAAUAAGCAUUGAUGUCCGUAUUAAGUGUCAAUAUGUGCUGUAAAAGACCCAUUGCCCGUCAAGGAGGAAUAAUACUAGCUUCACUUGAAAGCAAAAUGGUUCAUAUCA